UGGAGGGAGAACAGUGAAAAUGUCUUAGUACAACUGCCGGGCAAUGGGCCAGUUCACGCUUUCUAAUCGUCGUAUACGGUCGACGAGCAUUUAAAUUUGUUUGUAAACAAAUCGCGGAGUGAAAAAAUGUAUGAAACAUUAUUACGAAACCUAAAAGAUCAUGGUCAAGAACACUUAAUUAAAUACUGGUCGGUAUUAAGUGAGGAACAGCGGAAACAGCUGUCGGACGAAAUUCUAAAACUUGACUUGACGGAAGUGCAUGCAACAUUUUCGCGGGCAAUUGAAUCUACGAAAAAAAUAUUAGAAAAAUUAGACGACGACUUGAAACCAAUACCGGAUAGUCACUAUGAGUCUGUACCGAACUUGACGCCCGAUAAGAUUGAAGAAUACGAAAAUAUCGGAUUUAAAGAAAUAUGCAAUGGGAAAGUUGGUGUGCUCUUGUUAGCUGGAGGUCAGGCGACGCGGCUCGGUUUCGGCCACCCUAAGGGAAUGUACGAUGUGGGAUUGCCAUCAAGAAAAACCUUGUUCCAGAUACAAGCCGAGAGGAUCCUGCGAGUUCAGCAGAUGGCUGCCGAAAAAUAUGGAAACGAAGGUAAAAUAACAUGGUAUAUUAUGACUUCUGAACACACGAAAGCCCCUACUGCAAAUUAUUUCAAAAGUCACUCAUACUUUGGUUUGAAUGAAAACGAUGUGGUUUUCUUUGAGCAAGGCACAUUACCUUGCUUUGAUUUUGAAGGGAAAAUAUUCUUGGAUGAGAAAUAUCAUUUGUCUGCUGCCCCUGAUGGUAAUGGAGGUCUGUAUCGAGCAUUAAAAACCCAGGGAAUAUUGGACGAUAUCUCAGUAAGAGGAAUCCAACAUCUUCAUGCUCAUUCAGUUGACAACAUACUUAUAAAGGUUGCAGAUCCGGUAUUUAUUGGUUACUGUAAAUCUAAAAAUGCUGAUUGUGCUGCAAAAGUCGUUCAGAAAUCUAGUCCCAGUGAGCCUGUUGGUGUCGUCUGCAGAGUGAAUGGACACUACAAGGUAGUGGAGUACUCCGAACUCACAGACGAGGCAUCUGAAAGACGUAAUCCUGAUGGUCGUCUCACAUUCUCAGCAGGAAACAUCUGUAAUCAUUAUUUUUCAGCUGAUUUCUUAAGAAAAAUAUCAAACUUUGAGACAAAGCUAAAAUUGCAUAUAGCCAAAAAGAAAAUACCGUAUAUAGAUGAGAAUGGUGUGCGGCAGAAACCGAAUGAACCAAACGGUAUUAAGAUGGAGAAAUUUAUUUUUGAUGUUUUUGAGUUUGCUGAGAAUUUCAUUUGCUUAGAGGUGGCUCGAGACACUGAGUUUUCAGCCUUAAAGAAUGCUGACACAGCCAAAAAAGACUGUCCUUCGACUGCCCGAGAAGAUUUGCUUCAGCUCCAUAAAAAAUACAUUAGACAAGCUGGUGGAGAGGUGGCAGACGAUGCUGAUAUAGAAAUCUCUCCGUUAUUGUCCUACGGGGGCGAGAAUUUGGACAGCAUUGUUAACGGUAAAGUGUUUACCGCUGGUCCAUUCCAUUUGAAGAGUCCACAGGAAUUAUCAAGUAAUGGUGUUAAUGGUAAUCAUUGAUACUGGAAAUUAUUUUAGAAUGGUAUAAAUUUCAUACCAUGAAUAAAUAUUGGAAUUUAAUUUUGAAACAAAUAAGUUGCCAACAUUAAAUUUUAAUUUUAAUUUCAAAACAUUUAUCUUAUUCAAAGAUUUAAAAAAAAUUGCAUCAUAAGAAAUUGUUUAAUAAAAUUGAAUUCCUAGAAUAUGUUAUGUUAAAUUCAAAUUUAAAAUAUUGACAUUUUUUUAAAUUGUUUUAUUUAAAAAGGGUAAAAUAAAACAAAUUGAUGGCUAAAAUAUAACAAUUACUUUUCAUAUACAUAAAGUAAGUGCGUUGUAAAAUGCAAAUUGAAACUCUGAAUCUAAGACGGAUUUGAUCAAAACUAAAGCCCUGACAUAAUACUUUUGUUGCUUGAAGAAAUCAUACUUUCCAAAGUGUUCUGUAAAUAGUUGAUCUUGAAUGCUUUGAGAAUGGUAGGAUUAAAACAUCACAUUAAAGACAUCACACUGCCAAUAAUAAAACAAUGUCAAAUUAGAUUACUAAAAUUAAAUAUUUAAAAGAAAUUAUAACUUUGUCUGGGACAUUUUAAUUAAUAUUAGUCUCGAUUCACUGAAGAUCCAACAACACACACAUUCCAGAUUCCUCGUCAAACUGUAUCGAUCCGCUUCUUUUCUUUUGUUAAAACAAUAUACAGGAACUAGAUGUGGAUUAAUAUUGAACUGAAACUUGUAUUUAGAAGCCCUGGUGGGAAUAUCUAAACAGCAGUUAUACAGGCGUG